AUGGCCGGUACAAGGAAUUACGACUUUUUGAUCAAACUGUUGUUGAUUGGUGACUCGGGCGUCGGUAAAUCAUGCUGUCUACUGCGAUUCAGCGAGGACUCAUUCACUCCGUCGUUUAUUACCACUAUUGGCAUUGAUUUCAAGAUCCGCACUAUCGAACUCGAUGGCAAGCGCGUGAAGCUCCAAAUAUGGGAUACAGCUGGGCAAGAGCGAUUCAGAACAAUUACAACAGCUUACUAUAGAGGAGCAAUGGGGAUUCUCCUUGUUUAUGAUGUCACUGAUGAACGGUCGUUCCAGAAUAUCCGCACAUGGUUUUCCAAUGUGGAGCAGCAUGCGAGUGAAGGUGUUCACAAGAUACUUAUUGGCAACAAGUGUGAUUGGGAAGAGAAGCGAGCAGUAUCGACCGAGCAAGGCCAGCAGCUAGCGAAUGAGCUAGGUAUUCCAUUUCUAGAAGUCUCGGCCAAGAACAACAUCAACAUUGAAAAAGCUUUCUAUGAUCUUGCUUCAGAUAUCAAGAAAGGAAUGGACACAUCAAAGUCUGAGCAGGUCAGCUCUCAGGGCGUUAGUAUAGACCAGCAAGGUUCUGGCUUGAACGGCAACACAAGCGGAAAGUGUUGCUAA